AGGAGAACCUUCGAGUCCUGGUGGCAGCAGAGAUGGAGAAGAGAGUGAAGAUGGAAGAGGAGGACUUUGCUGAGCCUGAGGCAGGAAAAGGGCCCCGAAUCAUCCAGGGAGGGAGCAGUGCCGAGCCCUGGGAAAGGACAGUGCAGGAGAACCAGCCUGGGAGCAUCACCGGCUCAGACGCGGAGUGCCAGCGCUUCAGGGGGUUCUGCUACCAGGAAGGUGAGGGACCCCGAGAAGUUUGCAGCCGACUCCACCACCUUUGCCGCCAGUGGCUGAAGCCGGAAAGGAACACGAAAGCUCAGCUGGUGGAUCUGGUGGUCCUGGAGCAGUUCCUGGCUGUCCUGCCCCUGGAGAUGGAGAGCUGGGUCAGAGAGUGUGGAGCGGAGACCAGUUCCCAGGCGGUGGCCCUGGCAGAAGGCUUCCUCCUGAACCAGGCAGAGAAGAAGCAGGAGCAGGUGGAGGGGAUGUUGGCCCAAGCAGCCACGGAUUCCCCGGAGGCAGAGAAGGCUCCGUCGGACCCCACACAGAGGCCGCUGUUCAGGUGGAGCUUCCAGGGGGGUGAUGGAGGUCCCAGCUACCUGGGAAAUGGAACGAGCUGCAGAGAGAGUGAAAUGUCACCGGGAGCUCCUUCAAGGCCUCCUUCGCUUUGUGGUGGAGUGGAAGCAGUUUCUGCGCAGCCAGAGAAGGGUCCGGUGACCUUUGAGGAGGUGGCCGUGCAUUUCUCGGAGGAGGAGUGGGCUCUGCUGGAUCCAGUCCAGAGGACUCUGCACAUGGAAGUCAUGGAGGAGAAUCGUGGGAUCCUGGCCUCUCUGGGUGAUUGCAGGGACAGCAAGGAGAAUGGAACGGAAAUUCAAGAGACGUGGGGAAUCAAAUCUCUUUUUUUGGAAGGGUUAGAAUUCUGUGACAUUCCAUUGAUAGAAGAACGAUUUCACAUGGAAGAAAAAAGAUUUCAGUUCUUGGAGGGUGAGAAGCAAUUCAGUUGCAACUCAAAAGUUAAGCGACAUCAAAGAAUUCAUACAGGGGAGAAGCCCUAUGAAUGCCUGGAGUGCGGAAAGAGUUUCAGUCAGAGCAGCAAGCUUAAUAUACAUCAAAGCACUCACACAGGGGAGAAGCCCUAUGAAUGCCUGGAGUGUGGGAAGAGCUUCAGUCAGAGCAGCAACCUUAAUCAACAUCAAAGCGUUCACACAGGUGAGAAGCCCUAUCGAUGCCUGGAGUGUGGAAAGAGGUUCAGUCAGCGCAGCAACCUUAAUAAACAUCAAAGAAUUCACACAGGGGAGAAGCCCUAUGAAUGCCUGGAGUGCGGAAAAAGAUUCAGUCAGAGCGACAUCCUUAAUCAACAUCAAAGAAUUCACACAGGGGAGAAGCCCUAUGAAUGCCUGGAGUGUGGAAGGACCUUCAGUAAGAGCAGCCACCUUAAUCAACAUCAAAGAGUUCACAUAGGUGAGAAGCCCUAUCGAUGCCUGGAGUGUGGAAAGAGGUUCAGUAAGAGUGGUCAACUUAAGCUGCAUCGAAUAAUUCACACGGGCGAGAUGCCCUACAAAUGCCUGGAGUGCGGAAAGAGCUUCAGUCAGAGCAACACCCUUAAUUACCAUCAAAGAAUUCACACAGGUGAGAAGCCCUAUCGAUGCCUGGAGUGCGGAAAGAGCUUCAGUAAGAGCAGCCACCUUAAUCGGCAUCAAAGAAUUCACACAGGCGAGAAGCCCUAUGAAUGCCUGGAGUGUGGAAAGAGAUUCAGUCAGAGCAGCCACCUUAAUGAACAUCAAAGAAUUCACACAGGCGAGAAGCCUUAUGAAUGCCUGGAGUGUGGAAAGACCUUCAGUCAGAGUAGCCAACUUAAUCAACAUCAAAGAAUUCACACAGGCGAGAAGCCCUAUGAAUGCCUGGAGUGCGGAAAAAGAUUCAGUCAGGGCAGCAAACUUAAUCAACAUCAAAGAAUUCACACAGGGGAGAAGCCCUAUGAAUGCCUGGAGUGUGGAAAGACCUUCAGUAAGAGCAGCCACCUUAAUCGACAUCAAAGAAUUCACACGGGCGAGAAGCCCUAUGAAUGCCUGGAGUGCGGAGAGAGAUUCAGUCAGAGCAGCAAACUUAAUCAACAUCAAAGAAAUCAUACAGGGGAGAAGCCCUAUGAAUGCCUAGAGUGCGGAAAGAGAUUCAGUCAGAGCAGCAACCUUAAUCAACAUCAAAGAAAUCAUACAGGGGAGAAGCCCUAUGAAUGCCCGGAGUGUGGAAAGAGAUUCAGUCAGAGCAGCAAACUUAAUCAACAUCAAAGAAAUCACACAGGGGAGAAGCCCUAUGAAUGCCCGGAGUGCGGAAAGAGCUUCAGUCAGAGCAGCAACCUUAAUCAACAUCAAAGAAUUCACACAGGGGAGAAGCCCUAUAAAUGCCUAGAGUGCGGAAAAAGCUUUGCUCGCAGCGCAGCCCUAAAGAGACAUCAAAGAAUUCACACAAAGGAGAAGCCAUAAAACUGCUCAGAGUCUGGAAUGCAAUUCAGUCACUGAUUGCAGUAUCCCUCUCAAACGAUCCAAGCGCUGUGAAUGAUUUGAAUUUGGAAAGCGUUUCAGUUUCACCAUGAACCUUAGUAACCAACACAGCAUCCACACAGGUGAGAAACCCUAUCAGUGCUCAGUUUGUGGAAAGAGUUUCAAUCACAGUGUGAAUCUUAAAGCACGUCAAAAUAUCCACACAAGCCUGAAGCCCUAGAAAGCGCAAAGAGCUUUCCUUACAGGACACAUCUGGAAUCGCAUCCUGCAAUUCCCACAGGGGAAAAGCCCUACAAGGCCUCAGGGGGUGUAAAGCGAUGCUCAGGUUGUCAUUUUCUUCAGCAAGCAAGGGCCACGACUCAAAAGCCCCUGGGAAGUGGAAGGUGCAACAGUUAGGCCUAAUGGAGUCUUCAGGAGCCAUUCAAAGGAUGUUGGUUCCAAAACAUUUAUUUCUAUUUCACCCAUCACUAAAAGC